AUGACAUCACCACCAAAUUAUACCCAAACGCGUGUUGCGAACUUCGACUUCGAACAUUCACGUGUAGCUACAUGGAGAUUGAUUUCGCGCCGAAAUGUACUCAUGAACUCUUCACCAUUAGGAAAUGCUCCUCUACUAUCUUCAUCCAAAGAUCCACCACUAAGACUGACUCCCCCAUUCAAGGAUGUCCAUUUGUUACCACCAAACGGAGGACGAGGCAUGAAACGCGCAGCAAAUGGAAAGCCGAAAGCACAGCCGAAGGCGCAAGUACCUGGCUAUACCGAUGUUGAACCUCGAAAGCGUGAUGAUGGGGAGAUAAUCUGGCCUGCUCCAGUCGAAGUGCUUGACAGAGCUCGUGCAUUCUUGAAACAAUGCGCCAAGGCAAACAAGAAAGUGCUAAUUGUGCCGGACAAGGAUGCUGAUGGUUUGUCUUCUGGUGUGAUCGUACAUCGGACACUUACAACUCUGGGACUUGACAAGAAUCUCCUGGAUGUGCACCUUCACAAACGCGGUAGCAGUAUUCAUGCUGAAGAUGAACGUCAAGCUAUGUCCGAUAAAGAUCCUAGCUUUGUCAUCGUCCUGGAUCAAGGCAGUAUCAAAGCGCCACCGAUCAUCGACAAUCCGGAAACUCAAACCCUUCUCCUUGAUCAUCAUCUCAGCGACGUCUUUCCUGAUCGUGCUCAGGUAGUCUCAGCCUGCCACUAUCCACCUGUCGCGACAUCGUCCCUACUCACUUACGAGAUAUGCAAAACGUUACAUCCUUCCUUAUCCGAGAGUCUCGCAUAUCUCUGCUGUGUUGGCACUCACGGCGACCUCGGCAAUACUCUCAAAUGGUCACCGCCCUUCCCAGACAUGUCCGCCACAUUCAAGCAAUAUACUAAGAAGUCGAUCAACGAUGCGGUCUCUCUCGUCAAUGCACCUCGUCGAACGGCGAAGUACGAUGUCAUAACAGCCUGGAACGCCCUCCUGCAAUCAACUCAACCGUCAGAUCUCCUCACCAGUGGCCGUCUCCAAGCAGCUCGUGCUGAGAUCAAUGCUGAAGUUGAAGCACAUACACAUACCCCGCCGAAAUUCACACCUGAUGGCAAAAUUGCAGUUCUGAAGAUAAACACAAAAGCUCAAGUCCAUCCUGUCAUCGCCACAAGAUGGGCUGGUUACCUCUCCUCGAAGAAACUCGAAAUUGUCAUGGUCGCAAAUUACGGUUACCUUGAAGGCAUGGUCAACUUCAGCUGUCGUAUAGCGAGGACGGCUCGAUCACAAGACCCUCCUGUCAAUAUCAUCGAGAGUCUCAAGGCCGCUGCCGAUUUGAGUACCGACGGUUUGCGAGAGCGAAUGGGUGAGAGUUUUGCAAGAGGUCACAAGGAGGCUAGCGGUGGUGUUGUGCCUGUGGAGGCGUUUGAAGAGCUGUACAAGGUUAUGAGGGUUGGUGAGAAGGUCGAGAAGACGGAAAGUGAAGAGGAAAGAGAAAGGAAGACGAAGAAGACAAAGAUGAUUGAGAAGAGUCCUCAGAAAAAUACUUUGGGCAACUAUUUUGCGAAGAAGGCAUAA